AUGGCGGCGCCAGACACCCAGCCUCAAGAUGGGAACGAGAACGGGGUCCAAGUGACCGAGGUGUACGACACCAUGCAGGGCUUCAUCAAGGCUACGCAUUGGGGGAAGCCGUACUACAGCUCUUUCAUCCACAAUAACCCUUCGAUACAAACCCAGCUGCUCGACCAUGUCAGCUGCAGCUACGUGUCGACCCCGGGCCGGUCGCCGACGCUGCUCGCGCUGAAGCAGCACGCGCAGUCGCUGACGGCGCUGAUCCAAAUGAUCGCCCCCUCUCAGAUCGGGGCCGAGAUCGACAAUGAGAACACGAAGCAGGGCGACCACGGGUUCGCCAGGGAGCAGGCCUUCGACUGGCUGAAUAACCUGCAGAUGCACUACAACACCGAAGACAAGAUGCACAAGUUGCCACUCAACGCGCUGGCCAACCUGAUCGAGGACAACAACGACAUCGAGGGCCCCAAGUGGCACUGUGCGCUGGAAGCCUCGGACCUCAAGUUCGUCGAGGAGGACCCGGAUCAGCAGUUCCGCCCCUUCCACUCGCACAUGACGCUCCUGAUGCACGCCAACGAGUGUCUGGAGCGCCUGGACCACGAGUACUCGGCCAUGGGCGGCAUCCUCGCCGUCAUCCCGCUCGAGGCCGAGACCGUGAACGAGAAGGCCGAGCUGGAGAAGGCCAAGAAGACGCUGAUCGGCCAGUGGAUCCUGUUCACGCAGCACCUCACGGGCCGCAUGCACGAGCUCGAGAUCAACUACGCGAACUGCCUGGACCUUCUCGCAAACGAGGCCGUCGUCCCCAUGCAGCACCUGAGCGCCCACGGGCCCGACGGCCGCUCCGGCCGGGAGAUCGUGUUCCCCCAGGACAAAUUCAUCCUGGCCAACGCCGGCGAGGACGUCCAGACCUUCAUCCACCAGAUGCUGGACAGGCAAGAAGCCUACGACGAAAAGGUAGACCAACGGUAUGGUGAGCAGGAGGUGGUCGGGGAGGGCAUUUGGAAAGAUAAUGAAAAAGCCCGCGGCAUCGUCAAGCUGGACCUCAGCACGCGGUACUACCGCCUCAGAAACAGCGGCCACGGGCCACUCUUCGUCCUCCCGGCCUUCGGAGACCGCCCGAACACCGAGUACACCAGGGACCUGGAGGGGCGGCCCACGGUGGUCACGGUGCCGGAGCCGUUUAUGCCAACGCGCACCACCGAGUGGGAUAGGCAGCUUCAUGAUAACACCGACGAGCUCCAACAGUUGAAGAUCGACAAUAGCAACUUGCAGAGCAAGCUCGCCAACUGUGAAGGCAUGCGGGAAAUCGCCCAAGACGAGGUUGAUCAGCUGCGUGCUUACAGGAAAAGCGCGAGCAGGGUAUCCAAUAGUACCAGCGACAGCACAGCGGAGCAUAUAACCAACCUCGAGGCGGAUGUCGAAAAUCUCAAGAAAAAGCUCAAGGACUGCAUGGCCAACGGCAAUUCCAUGACCGACGAGCUGACCGCCUUCCGGUUGUCGAACCAGGCUAAACAUGACGGCAAGGACUCCAUAGCGAGCCUGGCAGCAGAAAUCAGCAACCUGAAGUUGAAACUCCAGGGGACGGAUAUGAAGGUGAUCGACAGGGAGAUGCGGAUCAGGCAAUUGAACAAAGAGCUGAGUAAUUUGAAACUCCGGCCGGCUGACACUAGCGACAUCAGCGUAUUGCAGAAUCGCGUAUUGGAGCUCGAGGCAAGCGAAAGGAGCGCCCUGGCAAGAGAGCAGGACGCCGUGAGGACUCAGCGCAGCCUCGAGCAGAACCUGCGUGACGCAAUCAAGGAGAGGGAUGACCUGCGAAACGAGAGGGAUGCGCUGCGAACCACAGUGAACAGCAACGCGUCGGGCCAGACACCACAAGACCUGGAGGCCAUAAUCCAGGAGAGGAUUAACCUGCAAAAGGAGAAGGAUGCGUAUUUUGCAGUGCAAACCAUGGUGACCGGCAACGCGUCGGGCCAGACACUACAAGCCGCCGGGCUGCCAGACGACCUGCCAGCCAACUACCUUCCUGACGCAUAUGAGUACAGGAACGCUGCCAAGAACCUCGUGAUCAUUUCCGCGAAGGUAUAUGACGAGCUGAGGGAACUCAACAAUAAGGCGGCCCUAGCCGAGCAACAGGUCGAUGAGUGCCACACCCAAACAUCGAGUCUCCAGCUUCAACUCGACAACGCCAAGCAGCAGGUCACGCAGCUGAGUACCCAGCUAUCGCAAGCACAGGACGCUCUCAAGAAUGCUCAGGCACAAGCGCCGUUAAUUCAGAGCGAAAGCGAUUUCCUGACCAGGCAGCAGCUGGCUAAUUGCCGCGAACGAGAGAAGCAGCUGGACGCCGCGCUGCAGACAGCAUACACGCGCCUAAAGAAAGCAGAGGACGAUCUAAAACAAGCACAGAACGAUCUCAAGAAAGCUCAGGGCAGCGAUGACCUCGCGGGUCGGCUGCACGCCUCAGAAGAAGAAGUGAAAGAACUGGAGGCCAAGCUGCGGCAAGCAGUCGAGGACCUAUCGCUUGCAGAUCAGCGUCUCACGGAAGCUCAGGGCGACAACGACCGCGCGCGUCAGAUGCAGGAUCUACGCGUAGCAGAGAGAAAACUGAAGGAGCAGUCGCGAAAAUCAGACGCGGAGCUAAAGGAAGCACAGGACGCGCUCAAGCAAGAACAGGACAACCUGAUAAAUUGCAACGCCCAGGUGAAGACAUUGGAGUCGCAGGCGGCCCAGGCGCCGCAAGACCCGGCGCAGACGCAGGCCCUAAAGGCCCUAGAGGAGGAGAAGCAGCAAGCAGAGAAGAGCCUGAAGUCAUGCCAGGCCGUGGUGACGACGUUGCAGGGCCGGUCGAUGGCGGCCGAGACCGAGGUGGCGAGGUUGCAGACCCAGCUGCAGGCGGCCCAGGAGGCCCUAGAGAAGGCGCAGAAAGAGACCACGGACGAGCUGAAUAAAUGCAAGCAGCAGGUCGAGAGCCUGAAGACGCAGCUGGAGACGGUGAAGACGAAGGGCCAGACGAAGUCUGUCGAGGCGGCGUUGAAGCUGAAAGAGGAGGAGUUGGAAAAGCUGAAGUCGCAGGCGGAGCAGCUGAAGGCAGCAGCCCAGCCGGGGGCGAAGCCGCCGCAGACGCUGCCGCGCUCCACGUUGCCCGUUAUCCAGCUGCCGUACGACAUCGGCCCGCGCGGCACGUUCAUAGAGAAGGAUUUAAUCGUGUCCAAGGUCGCGUACCACGAGGCCCUCGUGCAGAUGGCCAAGAUGGGCCGGGAGGCCAGUGAUGGCAUCGACCGCACGAUACAUUUCGUCUCUCCGCUGUUCAACGGCCCCGACAAGAAACUCAACAAGAAGGACUUUGGGUGGAUGAUAGAGAUCCAACAGGAUCCCGUGUUCAAACAUCCGGACGUUUCGUCGAUCAUGAGGUGA